AUGGUGAAGAAGCUUGGUUUGAAAGCUCAAAAGCAUCCUAAACCUUACCGGCUGCAAUGGCUUAAUGAAGAGGGCGAGAUGAGGGUAUCUACUCAGGUCUCUAUACCCUUGACCAUUGGGAGGUAUGAAGAUGACAUUCUCUGUGAUGUGAUACCCAUGGAAGCCAGCCACAUACUACUGGGAAGGCCUUGGCAAUUUGAUAGGCGUGUCAUCCAUGAUGGCUUCACCAACAAACAUUCUUUUGAGUUCAACGGCAAGCGAACUGUCUUGGAGACUAAGAAGAUUCAAGUAGCUGCUACCGAGUUCAAUGACUAUGCAUUGAGCUGGUGGGAUCAGUUGGUUACAAACAAGAGGCGCAAUGGUGAAUUUCCCAUUGAAACAUGGGCAGAGAUGAAAGCUGUGAUGCGCAAGAGGUUUGUACCAAGCCAUUAUCACCGUGAUCUUCAUCAAAAGCUGAGACUGCUCACACAAGGAUCAAAGUCUGUAGAGGAAUACUUUCAAGAGAUGGAGUUGCUUAUGCUAAGAGCUUGUGUAUCUGAGGACAGUGAAGCUACCAUGGCACGAUUUCUUGGUGGACUCAACCGUGAGAUACAAGAUAGAGUGGAGAUGCAACACUACUUGGAAAUAGAGGAGAUGCUACACAAAGCUAUCUUGGUGGAGCAACAAGUUAAGAGAAGAAGUCAUGCGCGUGGCAGCUAUGGUUCCAAUAGAUACCAGACCUCUAAGGAAGAUAAACCGAGCUAUCAAAAGGAGAGCAAGCCACAGCCAAAAGAAGAAGCCAAGUCUAGUAGCAUCUACAACAAAGAUAAGGGGAAAGUGGAAGCUACAAGCUCGCGUGCAAGAGAUGUGAAGUGUUUUAAGUGCCAAGGACGUGGGCACUAUGCUAAUGAGUGUACCAACAAACGUGUGAUGAUCCUUCAUGCUAAUGGAGAGUAUGAAUCUGCUGAUGAGGAGACAGAGGCCGAAGAAGAUCACAGUUCAGAAGAGGAGUAUGUUGCCAAUCCGGUCGCUGGAAGGUUGCUAGUUGCUAGAAGAACCUUGAGUCUUCAAAGCAAGACCGAAGAAAUGGAGCAAAGAGAGAAUCUCUUCUAUACUAGAUGUCUAGUGCAAGGAAAGGUCUGUAGUCUUAUUGUGGAUGGAGGCAGUUGUGUCAACGUUGCGAGUGAGACUAUGGUUAAAAAGUUGGGUUUAAGGGUCCAGAAGCAUCCUAAACCAUAUAGACUCCAAUGGCUCAAUGAAGAGGGCGAGAUGAGAGUAUCUACUCAGGUUAUGGUUCCCUUAGCCAUUGGUAAAUAUGAAGAUGAGAUUCUUUGUGAUGUGUUGCCUAUGGAAGCUGGACACAUUCUCCUUGGAAGGCCGUGGCAAUCAGAUAGACGUGAAUAUCAAGAUGUUUUUCCAGAAGAUAGUCCCAAUGGACUACCACCAGUGCGAGGGAUUGAGCACCAAAUUGAUUUUGUGCCCGGUUCUACACUUCCCAAUAGGCCAGCAUACAGAACCAAUCCGGUGGAGACCAAAGAACUACAAAGGCAAGUGGAGGAACUGAUGGAGAAAGGGCAUAUCCGAGAGAGCAUGAGUCCUUGUGCUGUGCCAGUGCUACUUGUGCCCAAGAAAGAUGGAAGCUGGCGCUUUAUUGUGGGUGCAGAUGGGGUUAAAGUUGAUCCGGAGAAAGUGAGAGCAAUUCAAGAAUGGCCAAUUCCAAAAACUAUAAGUGAAGUAAGGAGCUUCCACGGCCUUGCUGGCUUCUACCGACGGUUUGUGAAAGACUUUAGCACCAUAGCAGCCCCAUUGACUGAGGUGAUCAAGAAAGAAGUUGGAUUCAAAUGGGGAGAAGCACAAGAACUUGCCUUUCAAUGCCUAAAAGAGAAGCUUACUAAUGCCCCUCUUCUUAUACUUCCUGAUUUCAAUAAAACGUUUGAAAUUGAAUGUGAUGCCUCAGGAAUUGGAAUUGGUGCUGUUCUUAUGCAGGAGAAGAGACCCAUAGCUUAUUUCAGUGAGAAGCUUGGAGGCGCCACUCUCAACUAUGCAACUUAUGAUAAGGAAUUGUAUGCCUUGGUGAGAGCCUUGCAGACUUGGCAGCAUUACUUGUGGCCCAAGGAGUUUGUGAUACACACGGAUCAUGAGUCUCUCAAGUACUUGAAAGGACAGAACAAGCUCAGCAAGAGACACGCAAGAUGGGUAGAAUUCAUAGAAACCUUUCCUUAUGUCAUCAAGUACAAACAAGGUAAAGAAAACAUAGUUGCUGAUGCACUAUCUCGAAGACAUGAUGGAUUCCUCUUUUAUGAUAAUAGACUGUGUGUGCCUAAUUGCUCUUUGAGAGACUUGUUUGUUAGGGAAUCUCAUGGAGGAAGUCUCAUGGGUCACUUUGGUAUUGCAAAGACUCUUAAAACUUUGCAGGAUCAUUUCUUUUGGCCUCGGAUGAAAAGUGAUGUGGAGAAGCUAUGUGAGAGAUGUGCAACUUGCAAGCAAGCUAAGUCUAAGGUUCAGUCUCACGGUUUGUAUACUCCUCUCCCUAUUCCUUAUCAUCCUUGGAAUGACAUAUCUAUGGAUUUCAUUGUUGGAUUGCCUAGAACUAGGACUGGAAAGGAUUCUAUCUUUGUUGUUGUUGACAGGUUCUCAAAAAUGGCACAUUUCAUAGCAUGUCACAAAACUGAUGAUGCAUUGCAUAUAGCUAAUCUGUUCUUUAAGGAGAUUGUGCGUUUACAUGGCAUGCCUAGAACCAUAGUUUCUGAUAGAGAUACUAAGUUUCUUAGUUAUUUUUGGAAAACUCUUUGGUCUAAGCUAGGCACUAAGUUGUUGUUCUCCACUACUUGUCAUCCGCAAACUGAUGGACAGACUGAAGUAGUUAAUAGAACUCUAGGAACACUCUUGCGUGCAUUCAUUAAAAAGAAUCUGAAAUCUUGGGAAGACUAUCUGCCACAUUGUGAAUUUGCAUAUAAUCAUGCUGUGCAUUCUGCUUCUAAGUUUUCACCCUUUGAAAUUGUUUAUGGGUUCAAUCCCACCUCUCCUUUGGAUUUAAUUCCUUUACCUGAGUUUUGGGUUCAUUUGAGAAAAGAGAGGUUUCCUAAUGAGAGGAAGUCAAAGCUUAUGCCAAGAAUUGAUGGACCUUUUGAGAUCACAAAGAAGAUCAGCAACAAUGCCUACAAGAUUGAUCUCCAAGAUGAACCUGAUUUGAGGUCAAAUCCUUUUCAAGAGGGAGGGGAUGAUAUGAUCAUGGACCAGCCAGCUGAUGGAGAUAGAGAUGGCGAGUUUAGAGAUGAACCAGCUAAAGAAGAUGAGGUCUUAUCCAUUCUUAAAGGUCCCAUGACUCGAGCCAGAGCUAGGAAACUCAAAGAAGCUAUUGGAGGACUAAUCAGGAAGUCCUUGGAG